AUGUCGAAAGAUCUAAUCAAGAUGAACUAUCUAGUUUGCGAGGAUUUGAUGUGUAAAAUAGUGAUUCAUGAAUUAAAAAGAGGUGUAGGUGCAAAUUUCAUAUAUCCUAUUAUUGGGAUUCAAAAGUAUGGAUGGGUUUUUUCAGGUAGUGAUGUCAAUAAGGAGAGCAUAAAAUGGGCAGAAGAAUAAAUUAUUCAAAAAAAUAACAGUCUUAAGUUCCACUUCAAUUCUCCUAUUAGGUAUUAGGAAAAUGAUGAAUAGAUUUUAGAUGGAGUAAUAAAUAUCAAAUGUGACAAGUUUGACUUUACCAUUUGCAAUCCUCCUUUCUUUGAUUCACAAGAAUAAAGAAAUGCUCGAUAUUCAUCUGUCUGUCCAAUAAAUCAAACUGAGGAUUAGACAUCAGGCGGUGAAAUAGGCUUUUUAUGCAGGUUAGCACAUGAAAGUGCUAAAUAUAGAAACAAUAUAAAGUGGUUUACAAGUCUAAUAGGUAAAAAGACUACAUUUGAGUUCAUGAAAACUUAUUUGAAAGAGAUGAUUUUAGAUUCUAGUGAUCAUAUGGAUGAUGGUAUAGAUUAUGAUAUUUUAAUUGCAACUGGAGAAAUAGAGGAAGGUUAAACUAAAAGAUGGUUGAUUGGGUGGAAAUUUAUAAAUUUCAAUGAGGAAAAUAAUUCAUGA